GCAUUAGCUGCUAUAGCCACAUUCAAAAGCCUGGGACCCAAUUACGCACCCAAGGAUAUCCUAAAGGACACAUACAAGCCAAUAUACAUAUACAUACCGAGCGUCUCCAUAGAAAUCACUGAAGUUGUUUGCCAGCAAGCUGAGAGCCAGCCGAGAUUUGAACGCGCAGAGAUCGUGUCCACAAUCCCACUGCGUAUACGCAUUUUGUUGUUUCUUUAUUUUAUACGGAUGUGCGCAUAAGGAUAACGGUAAACUGAUAAAAGCAACAGCGAGACACCGUUAGAUACAUUUUAGAGGAAAAAAGAGCGCACGCAGAGAAGAAGAGCUACAAAGUUCGACAUGGGUAACGAAACAUCGCUGCCAAUGGACAUGUGCUCCAAUUUCGAUGCAGAUGAGAUCCGUCGUCUGGGCAAACGUUUCCGUAAACUCGAUCUGGACAAUUCGGGGGCGCUGAGCAUAGAUGAGUUUAUGUCGCUGCCGGAACUGCAACAGAAUCCGCUCGUGCAGCGCGUCAUCGAUAUAUUCGAUGCGGAUGGCAAUGGUGAGGUCGAUUUCAAGGAAUUCAUUCAGGGCGUCUCACAGUUCAGUGUGCGCGGCGAUAAGCUAUCCAAAUUGCGUUUCGCAUUCCGCAUCUACGAUAUGGACAAUGAUGGUUACAUCUCAAACGGUGAGCUCUUUCAGGUGCUCAAAAUGAUGGUUGGCAACAAUUUAAAGGAUACGCAACUGCAACAGAUUGUCGACAAGACAAUCUGUUUCGCCGACAAGGAUGAGGAUGGCAAAAUAUCAUUCGAUGAGUUCUGUUCCGUCGUGGGAAAUACGGAUAUACAUAAGAAAAUGGUUGUUGAUGUUUAAGUCUAAGCGGCCAAUAGAUACACACACACACACACACCAGCACACACACACACAGCAAUUUAUCGACUAAAUGAAAAUCAAACAUUUUUAUUCUAAUUCCAAUUCGUUGACAUUUCAAACAAAUGCUAUGCACAUGUGUGCAUGCAUGUAAUUAUUUAAGUGUGCGUGCACAACUAACUAAAAAAAAAAAGUAAAUCAAGUAACUAUUUAAAAAAAAAAAACUUAAGCAAAUGAAAAGUAAACCAAAGAAAAGAAUCAAACUAAAGCAACUAUGAAAACUCGAAUUUGUUAACAUUAAAAAUCCAUCUAGAGCGUGUGAACCAAC